AGCUAGUAUCCAGGCAGCUUCCGCCCGUUACGUGUCGCGGUUAUUUCUUUCCCUUUAGUAUAGUUGCAUAUCGGUUUUUUCUUUAGCGCGUUCUUAACGCCGGGAUAGCCGAGCGAGGCGCUGAUAUUAUUAUUCAGGCUGGAGACGGAGAUCUGAUACUGUAAAACCAUCGUUUUGUAUUGCCUGCAGUCGGGAAUAAUAAAUAAAGUAUUUAAACCAUAUUUAAUACAAGAAUAAAUACACGCGCUUAACCAGAACGUGUAAACACAGUUCGACGACUAUAAUAUACAUGUAAUAUUCGUCACGAGAGAGUUUUGAGAGCCAAAAAAAAGAAUUCGUCGUUAAAUAAUAAAUACAUACACACACUUGUAAUUUACACAUAUAUUUAUACGUAUAAUAGAUUAUACACUUGUAUAGUGUAACACAAACAAGAAAGUAGUAAUCAUCGUUUACUGAAAAAAAAUAUAUAUAUAUAUACAUAUAGAUACAAAUAAUAUAUCGAAUUGUUUGUACACCUAUAUCGUACAAACUGUAAAAAAAAAUCUUUUGAUAUUACCUUCAUUCACAUGUUAUCUAUGGAUGAUACCUGCAAUCCACCACCACCCCGACGCAGUACAUAGUGAUUGACGAACGUGCCGAUGUUGAAUCAUAAAUGCUGAUCACGGGUGAAAAUCGCUGUUGUUACUAUUAUUAUUAUUAUUACUAUUAUUUUUCAUUACCAUUGAUUUUCAAUUUUAUUUCGGGUGGUGGUGCAAGGACGUAGUAUACUGUUGUUAUACUACCACCAUUUAAAUAUUACUUCUACUAUUAUUAUUAUUAUUAUUACAACUCUACCUACCGCCGUAAAAUAUUAGUCAGUCAAAAAUAAACAAAAAGCCGCGCGCGUAUUAAAUUAAAUCACACAUAAUACAUAUACAUAUAUAUAUGUGUAUAUUAGACUCGCAACCUGUAAAUAAUAUUUAAGCGAAUCAAUAAAAAAAAAAAAAAAGUUAAACCCCAAAGUACACUGUAAACAAAAAAUAAUAAAACAAUUAGUAAAUCGUGGAAAUAAAAAGCACAGUGCCGUAAGCAGUUGGAGAAAAGCUGUGGUAGACAGGAUCAACCGGCGAGGCUGCUACACAAGUGCAUUCCAUACAUACAGACUAACGUCAAGAAGAUUUGCGCUACCUAGAUAGCAAGCAGCUGAAACAAACUUUGAAAACAAGAGGGAAAAAAAAACAGAACGAAGAAGUAAAAGCAAAAAACAAAAAAGCAACGGAUUGCAAUGAUGGCGAACGGAAUGGAUACAGUGGUGCAACAGAAUGGCAAUUCGGCGCUGGGUCAGACGUCGCAGGAGGAAUCGAAGACGAAUUUGAUCGUCAAUUACCUGCCACAGACGAUGACGCAGGAGGAAAUUCGCUCCUUGUUCUCGAGCAUCGGUGAAGUCGAGAGCUGCAAGCUCAUCAGAGAUAAACUUACCGAUGUUUGUAUGGUUGCAGGCCAGAGUUUGGGCUAUGGCUUUGUAAACUAUCAUCGGCCCGAGGAUGCGGAGAAAGCCAUCAAUACCCUCAACGGUCUCCGUUUGCAGAACAAAACUAUCAAGGUUUCGUACGCGCGGCCGAGUAGCGAGGCGAUCAAAGGUGCGAAUCUGUACGUAAGCGGAUUGCCAAAAAAUAUGGCUCAGCAGGAUCUCGAGAAUCUCUUCAGUCCUUACGGUCGGAUUAUAACCUCGCGUAUACUAUGCGACAACAUGAGCGUACGACAGUUUGUGACUGGCGGCGGAGACAAUUUGCCCGGCCUGUCAAAAGGUGUCGGGUUCAUCCGUUUCGAUCAACGGGUUGAGGCUGAGCGGGCGAUCCAAGAAUUAAAUGGAACUAUUCCGAAAGGCUCGACCGAACCUAUCACCGUGAAGUUUGCCAACAACCCGAGCAACAACAACAAGGCAAUACCGCCCCUAGCCGCCUAUUUGACACCCCAGGCAACCCGUCGUUUUGGUGGCCCGAUUCACCAUCCAACUGGCCGCUUCAGGUACAUUCCACUGUCGCCACUAUCCAGCACUGGCAAGACCAUGCUUGCCAUUAACAAAGGCUUACAGAGUAGGUACAGCCCGCUGGCGGGUGACCUUUUGGCGAACUCGAUGCUGCCCGGAAACGCGAUGAACGGUUCGGGGUGGUGCAUUUUCGUCUACAACCUGGCACCGGAGACGGAAGAGAACGUCUUGUGGCAGCUAUUCGGUCCAUUCGGUGCCGUCCAAUCAGUAAAGGUCAUAAGGGACCUGCAAACAAACAAAUGCAAGGGUUUCGGAUUCGUAACGAUGACAAAUUACGAGGAGGCAGUAGUUGCUAUUCAAAGUCUGAACGGAUAUACGCUUGGCAAUCGUGUUCUUCAAGUCAGUUUUAAAACGAACAAGAGCAAAGCUGCGUAGGAUGAAGGAAGCGAGCUUGCCUAUCGUCAUAUCGUAUUGCCGCUAAAACGGCGACCACAGCCCCACCACCACCACCACCACCACCACCACCAACGCUACAAAAUUAAUAAUAAUAACAACAAUAACAAUAACAAAAAUAACAAUAAAUACACGAAUGAUUUGGGCAGCUGUAUUAACAUCGUUAGGAACAAAAACGACAAAAAGAACAAGAAAAAGCACAAUAACGGUCACGAAUACCGGUAUAAAAAUAUUUAUACAAUAAACGAAGGCUUACCUGUUGCACCUCUACGUCGUUACCCUCCUGCGGAUUUAAACGUCGCAAAUUUCGUCGACGUUGUCGAGUCCGGCGUUGAAAUUUUUACGGAAAUGGAAUUAUUAGCUAUAUAAACUUUACUGUAUACACGAUAAAAGUCCUACUCUCUGUAUAUCGUUAACCACCCCUCCCCCCUCCACCCCCCACUUUCCCAAAAUUGCCGUAUUGACAUAUUAUAAAUAUGCGUGGUUCGUUGUAUUUAAUUUUCUACACCACGUUUUGUUUCGUUUCUCUUUAAUUUUCUUGCUGAUUUUUUUUUUUUUUUUUUUUUUUUUUUUUCAUUCUUGUUAUUCUUCCAUCACGCUUUCCUUAAAUUAGACUCGGUUUUUUUUUUUUUUUCACCGGAUUUCUUUACACAUCAACGAACGACAAACGAUCACGGUUGUGUUGUGACGAUUGAUUAUUAUUACCAUUGUCAUUACCGAUACUGUCGUUGUUAUUCUUCUUGUCGUUGACAUUACGUUUGACAGUGUUUCUUCUAGUCUCUUUUGCAAAAAGAGACGAAAUGAAAAUCGAAAAAAAAAAAAAAAAACGUAAUACAUGACAAACAAAUCGAGCCUAGCUGUGGAAUAUUCAUUUUCCAUAUACCUACCACGUAUUUUAACGAAAAAUAUUAUAAGGAUGAAUGACAAUGAGAAAAAAAAAAAAACAAAAACAAAAAAAAAACAAAACAAAACAAAACAAAUAAAAAAUUUGAAAGAAUUUUUUAAAUCGGUGCUGCAGUCGUUCUUCGUUUACGAAGGAGCGAUGCUUGAGAGAGAAAAAAAAAACGCAUACAAAAAUUGUAAAAAAAAAAAAAAAAAAAAAAAAGAAAGAAAUCGAGAAAAAAAAGACAAACGAACAAACGGGAUGGUUGAAAAAUUAUUAAAUAAGAAACCUGAUUGUUGGCAAGGUAGAUACUUAACUACGAAAGGAGUAUAUAUAUAUAUAUAUAUAUAUAUAUAUGUAUAUGUAUGUAUACAUAUAGUCAGGAAGUAAAUUAUUCUUAUUAUUAUUAUUAUUACGAUGUAACGGAUGAAAUACGCUUUUCCCUCCCCCUCAAAACAAAAAGCAGAAUAUCGUAUUUUUCUUCCCUUUUUCUUUUCUCAUCCGCAAUCGAUAUUGAAAAACGGUGAAAUUUGUUACAAUCUUUUCGUCGCCGAUUGUCGAAUGUUUAAUAUUUAUGAGACGACCCAUCGAAUGCAUUAAAAAAAAAAAAGAAUUGCAGGUAAAUGAGAAAUGUAUACACGUGACGGAGAGUCGACGGCAGUUUCACGAAUUUCUCCAUGGCGGAAAGUUACCGUGGAAUUUUUUUUUCUUUUUUUUUUUUUUGCGUUACAACGACUGGCAAAGGGAAAAUAAUAAUGAGAGAAAUAAAGGCAGACUAACAUGCUGUUAAAAUUGAACCAAAGCGUAGGAGAAAAAAGUAUCCGAUUUCCAUUACAUCCGUAUGUCUUUGGCUGUGUUGGUUUGGAUAUGUGAUUUAUUUUUUUUUUUUUUUCUUCAACGUUUUUCUCACAACGUCCCCCCCCCCCACUUCCCUCUCUUCUUUGUAGCACACUCAAGAAACUGUGAUAACUUUCGACGAUAUAGCGAAUCGGUGAUUUUGAAAAUGUCCGCAGGGAUGUGAAAAAAGUGUCGCGAAACGGAAGAUCAAAAAAAAAAAAAAAAAAGAAAGAAAAAAGAAAGAAAGAAAAAGGGAAGAAAAAUACUUGACUGGGAAUCGACAAUAGGAUGAAAAGGAACGAAAAAAAAAACAGAGAGACACGAUGGACCGUGAGCGGGGUAACGGGUGCCAGGUUUUUUUUUUUUUUUUUUUUGGUUUGUUUGUCACAACUAAAAGCCAUUUUACAGCGUGUUGUUAUUAUUGUUGUCAUUACAAUGACAGACCGAUAUUACCCGAAAUAACGAUAAAACGUACGAUAUGAUAAUAUUUAAUAAUAAUAAUGAAAGAAGAAAUAGAUAACAUUGUGUAUAACAAGUAUAUUAUACGUAUGUAAAAAAUGAAAUUACGGUGGGGCAGGGCUCGCACGGAAGUUUUCUUUUUUUCUUUUUUCUUACCCCCGUAUUCUUCUUCCGUCGUAAUAAUAACGAGAAGAAGAAGAGGAGGAAGAAAAAGGGGGGGGGAAAAAAAAAAGAAAAGAAAAGAAAAACAAAGCGGAAAUACCGAGCAGAGAAAAUUAAAGAAAUAUAAGUUGAAAAGAGAAAAAAAACAAAACGAAAAGAUGAAAUGACGAAUUAUCUACCGACCGACCUUAUACGCGGCGUUUUUGUAGAUGCAAAGAAUGACGAGUGAGAUAUAUAUUUAUAUAAUAUAAUGAUAAAUAAAAUUACGAUAUAAUAGUUUAAUUCAAAUAUUAUUAUAAUGAAUAUGUGAGUGGUAGGUUUGUAUUGUCGUCGAUGCGCGGUGACGGGCAAAGAUGGAGAAAAACAAAAACAAAAAAAAAAACAAACAAACAAACAAAAAAGAACAAAACCGUGGAAAGAAAUUUGUAAAACUCAAUUUAAAGAAUUUUCUCGUGUAAUAACCGAUUGAUAAUAAGUAUUAUUAUCAAUUAUCAUUAGUUGUCAUUAUUAUUAUUAUUAUUAUUAUUAUUAGUUUAACUAUUAUUAUUGUAAUUAUCGUAAUGUAGCGGGCACACGUACUGUAAUUAGACGCUGAUCAGUUUAAAUGAUACGACUGUAACGAAAGAGGGAGAUAAAGAGAGAGAGAGAGAGAGAGAGAGAGAGAGGGAGGGAGGGAGAUGGAAAAAGAAAAAUUAAUGGAUAAUUUUGAAAAAGAAUAAAAAAAGAAAGAAAGAAAGAAAGAAAAGAAUCGGUACAGGGAAGGGGAUUGGGAAAAAAAUUGACGGAUGAGAAUUGCGAAUAAUAGGUUGAGCGAACGAAGAAUUUAGAUUUAGAAAAAAAAAAAAAAAAAAGAAAAGAAAGAAAAAAUACUAGUCAAAAGUAUGUUUAGUGUGAGAAACAACUUGAAAUCGAUACGACGUACUUGUGUAUAUGAGUAUAUAUAUAUAUAUAUAUAUAUACACACACACGCGUGCACACAAAUAAUUUAUAACUUAACAAUAAUAAAUAUCAAUACCUGUAUGAUUUUCUUACGGUUUCGUCCUAUUUGAAAUUUUGUUAUCGGUUCCUCGUUUCUACAAUUACGUCAUCGCUAUCGUUAUUACGUUGUUAAACCGUCAUUCGCUAUUAAUUUACCAUUAUAUGUACGUACGAUCCAUUCUUCCGAUAUUGCGACAAAGAUAAAGUAAGGGGGAAAAAUAAACGAAAAAUUCACACCGACCACUUUGCUGACGACAUUCCAUCAAAUGAAUUUAAUCAUUUACGCAUUGAAGUAAUAAUAAUAAUAACAACUCCGUAGAGGUUUUCUUCACGCUUCUCUUUCCUCUUCUCUCGCUUUCGCUUCAUUUUCUUCUCUUCUUUUCUAUUUUUUUUUUUUUUUUUUUCAUUCCUAUACGUUUUCUCUUUCGUUCCUUGGUUGAAUAAAAAAAAAAAAAAUAAAUAAAUAAAUAAAUAAAUGAAUUUAAAAAAAAAAAAAAAAAAACUCGCACACGCGUGUCAGACGUACGUACCAUACAUACAUACAUACGUGCGAACGCACCAUACGGUAAAAUAUAUGCAAUAUUUCUUCACCGUCCCUCUUGUCACUAUCUCACUACCGCUGCUAAUAAUAUUAUUGUCAUUAUUAUUUGCCUUCGUUUUUUUUUUCUUGGUUUUUUUUCUUUUCGUUUUCCUUUCUUUUCUUUCUUACUUACUUCCGAAACAUUCGUAUUCCUUUCUUCCUCGCAUCACAACGCGUUAUACAAACUUUUACUUGCGUUUAGUGUUAAUGGAUUCACGUUUAUUGGUAACGAAAAUUUACGCACUAUUAUAAGAAAAAAAAAAUAAAAAAAUUGACAGACACACGUAUAAGUAACGUAAAUCCUGUGGUGUGAAAGUUUUUGAACGUAUGCCAUAAUCACCGACAACGAUGUAUAUCUCUACAUAAAUUUAUUAUUAUUAUUAUUAUUAUUAUUAUUAUUAUUACUAUUACUAUUACUAUUACUAUUAGUCAUAUGGUUUUCAUUUUUUUGAAACGCAUACGAUUGCACCGAGCGUACAACUAUUGUAUGCCUCAGGGCUGAGACGUAUAUUAUCUAAUAUAUAUAUAUAUAUAAUAUAUUAUUUAUAUUAAUUAUAUUAUUAGCAAAUUUUUCUGUGUAUUUCGUGAGUAUUUAAAAUUGGAUCGGAGAGAAGAAAGGAAGGGAGAAGGAAAAACGGAGAAAAGAACAAAUAAUCAAGUCCCGGAGUUUGUCUAUCGCAGGAUGAAAAUCUCUGGAAACGGAAAAAAAAAAAAAAAAAAAAAAAAAAAUUACCGAUCGAGUCUAGCGAAUUGUUAUUCACGUUGCUACGUUUUUUUUUUUUUUUGUUUUUUUAUUUUUGUUUUAUUUUUUUUCUUCGUUCCUCUUUUUGCCCUAACAAUAUAACAGAUUUAUGAAUAACGCGAGGGCAAAAUUAUUGAUUUUCUGAAGAAAAAAAAAAAAACAAAAAACAAAAAAACAAAAACUGAAAAGAAAAAUCAUAAUAUUUAAAAACGAGCCAUCGGGGCCGAACGUUACAAAAUCAAUUUACUGACGCGGUGUAUUGAGAAUAACAGUAUUUUGUAUAUCUUACCUAUUAUGCACACAACCUACGUCUAGUCUUGUAUCUGUGAAUGGAUUGAGAGAGAGAGAGAGAGAGGGAAAAAAAAACAGAAAAAGAAAAGAAAGAAAAACUAAUAAAAGGAUGGCGCGGAGGGUGAAGGAAAAGAAAACGAUCGUUCAAUUUGAAACGCCGUUUCGUAACCGUUGUAAUCAUUAAUCUAAUUAAUUAUACAAUUGAUCGGUUGGAAUUCAAUUGAGUAGAUAAUUUAGAGCGGUAUAUACGCGUACAUGUACUUAAAUCGGAGGAAAUAUAACCAGUAAUAUAGUAUUUUCUUAUUAUUGGUUUGAACGUUAGGUAGGAUAAUUAUUUGAUUUAAAUGAAAUACAAUAUCAAUCAUUUAGCGUAUAUCUAUUCGUUAUAAUAAUAUAAUUAUAUGUUAUUAAAAUUUUCGUUUACGUCUUUUUUGUGUACGACUGGUUUUUUGGCUUUUUUUUUUUUUCUUUUCUUUUCAUUUAUUCGUUCGUUCGUUCGUUCGUUCGUUCGUUCGUUCGUUCGUUCGUUUCGCCGUCCGCGGAUAUGUACGAAUAGUUUCGAAAGCGGGAAAUUGAGAGAAAGGAAUGAGAGAAGGAUGAAAGAAAAAACGACCCUCGCGCCCUACGAACCCUUGUAAUUCGCUUAUCGCGACGAUGAUGAUUAUUAUUAUUAUUAUUAUUGUUGUUUAUUUUCUUUUAUUUUUAUUUUUAUUUUUAUUUUUAUUUUUAUUUAUUUUUUUUUUUCCACCACGAUUAUUAAAAAUACAUCGUGUAUAGUAUAUUUUACGUAUUAUUAUUUAACAAUUAUUAGUAUAUAUAAUUGAUAUUGUCAUUGAGUAUCGUUUCUAGUCUCGACGGGAGUUUAAUUAUUAUCAACGACGGUGUGAUUAUCACAAUAAUAAUCUGAAUUCUCGUUGACAAAGCUAAUAGUCGGUUUGUGAUUGCAAUUUAAUUUUUUUUAGUUCACUAGCCAAUAUUUACAAAUGCAUUUGUAUAAAAACACUCGAUGCGAUUCGUCGAUUCUCUCCCCCCCCCCCCCCCCCCGGCAACGAAGCGUGAGAUGAGAAGGAAAAUGACAGAGAGAGAGAGAGAGAGAGAGAGAGAAAAGAAAAAAAAAAAAAGAAAGAAAGAAAAUUGCAAAUAUAUAUAAGUAAACGAAGAAAGUUGGGGAAAGUGAAACGUGAAAAGCUACUCGCUAAACACUUUCUUCCAUCCAUUAUCAAUCAUACCGCGUAUCAUCGUGCGUACAUGGAGAAAAAUUAACACGCAAAAGGUGAAGAUGAAGAGAAA